AUGCGCUUAAUUGACGUCCGAGAUGGGUCUUUCAAGGAGUUUAUUGGCAGUCAAAUCCCCGAAUAUGCAAUCCUCUCCCAUACGUGGGAGGAUGAAGAGGUCUCCUACAAAGAUGUUAUAGAUAACGUGCACAAAAGGAAGAAGAGCUUCGCCAAAAUUGAGGCGACAUGCGCGAUUGCCGCUAGUCAGGGUAUCGGCUGGGCCUGGGUGGAUACCUGCUGCAUCGACAAGUCCAGCAGCGCAGAACUGACGGAAGCCAUCAACUCAAUGUAUCGGUGGUACCAAAGAUCCAAGAUAUGCUAUGCAUAUCUUGCCGACCUGCCUAGAUCAGAACCUCUUGAAGAGGCUUUGCCAAAGUGUCGUUGGUUUACGAGAGGAUGGACCCUGCAGGAGUUAAUAGCUCCUGACAGUGUCAUAUUCUAUGACGAAGAGUGGAAUAUCCGCGGAAACAAGCAUACGCUUAUGGAUCAGCUUUCUGCAAUCACUGGCAUCGGCGGCCGCAUCCUUGGAAACACAAUGCCUCUCUCAGCUGUUGCGGUAGCUGAGAGGAUGUCGUGGGCAGCGCGGCGCCGAACAACUCGAAUCGAAGAUACUGCAUAUUGCUUGCUGGGCAUCUUUGAUGUUAAUAUGCCGUUGUUGUAUGGUGAAGAAGAGAAGGCCUUCGGUAGGCUGCAAGAAGAAAUCAUCAAAACCAGAGCUGACAGGAGUAUUUUUGCCUGGUCGCUUCCGCAGGAAGAAGAAGCGUCCGCCGACGGGGCCAACACCAGAACAUUAUGUGGUGUGUUUGCCGCAUCGCCCGCUAUGUUUGAGAAUGCUACGUGUUAUUCACAGACUGUCGUCCACUGGGAACACCUGGAACUACCUUGGCCAGGACGACGUAUUUUUCACCACCAGCAGCGGUAA